AUGAGGUUCUCCAAACUAUUCCUCACGACUCUUGCGUCGUUAAGUCUUGCUGCUCCCGAAGCUGCGCCGAAAACUGUCUCUUCACCUGAAUUAUCAGGAGAAUUGGUGCAGCUUUUGGAGAAGCACAAUCUCGCUCUUGUUCCUCGUUCUGAACUCACGGAUGCUCUCAAGGAGCUGAACACUCUGCUCAAGAGCAACGCGUUUCCUCGCGCGCCUGUUCUUAUCAGACGGCAGAACAGCACUGCUGACUCUGGGUCAAAGUCCGGUUCUGGCUCCAACUCCGAUUCAGACGAUGAUGACUCUGAUGAUGGAGGGUCUAGAAUCGCGGCUAUUCCUGGGCUAGACGGUCUUGGAGACCUAGGAUCUGGUCUCAAAGGACUUACAGAUGCACUGGGCGAUGUCAAGGAUCUCUUCAAAGCUCUGGGUGACCUGCUGUCGCCCGAGUUCCUCCAAGCCGUCCAUGAUGCCAUGGUCUAUCUGGCGGCAACUCUCAAGCCCCCAGUACCAAACCAGGUCAGAAAUCUUCUUGCCAAGGCAGGACCACUUCUGGAUCUGGUCGGCGAACUCAACCUCAAAGACCUCGUCGAUGAGAUCAAGGGUGUCGACAUUGCUGGUAUCGUUUCCAAGGUUCUCAAGCUUCUCACCGAUGAUAACCUCAAGAACAUCAACGGUCUUCUUACCAACGGCGCCACCCUUUUGACUCCUGAAUUCGUCAAACAGACAAAAGGACUCAUUGGAGACGUUUCACCUCUUCUCGAUGAGAUUUCUCCGUUGCUCAAGAAACUCACAGAUCUCGACAUUGAAGGCAUCAUCCAAGCUUUGGACCCUCUUCUCAAGAAAGAGGCUAUCCAGGGUGUUGUCUCUCUUGUCAAGAAUGCCAGCAAUCUUUUGACAGCCAAGACAGUCGAUGAGAUCCAGGAUCUUCUUGGUGAAGUAAGCCCCAUCAUCAAGGACAUCGCACCACUACUGGAACAGCUCACGAAGCUCAACCUAGAAGAAGUCCUCAAAGCGCUGCAGCCACUUCUCAAGGAAGAUUCUAUCAAGGGUAUCUUGAGUCUGCUCAAGAACGCCGAGAGCCUCUUGACGCCCAAGUUUGUGGAUCAGACUCAGGACCUCAUUGGAGCUGCAUCGCCUUUGAUCGAUAAACUGAAUGAUGUUGAUCUCAAGGGCGUACUUGAUGCGCUUAGCCCCAUCUUGAAGAAAGAGGCUAUCCAAGGGCUUGUCGGGUUGCUCAACAAUGCCGAAGACUUGUUGACGAAGGACACGGUGAAGAGUAUCAAGACACUCCUCACUGAAGCUUCUCCACUGAUUGAGAAACUGUCGGACGUCGACCUCAAGGGUGUGUUGGACGCUUUGAGCCCAAUUUUGAAGAAGGAGGCAAUCCAAGGUCUUGUUGGACUUUUGAACAACGCCGAGGAUUUGUUGUCCAAGGAGACCGUCAAGAGUAUCAAGACUCUUUUGUCGCAAGCGUCGCCACUUAUUGACAAGCUAUCGGAUCUCGACUUGAAGGGCAUUCUAGAUGCUUUGAGUCCUAUCCUGAAAAAGGAUGCGAUCCAAGGUUUAGUCGGUUUACUCAACAAUGCCGAAGACCUUCUCUCCAAGGAAACCGUCAAGAACAUCAAAUCCCUUCUUUCAAGCGCUGGUCCUCUCAUCACUAGCCUUGGAAAGGUGGAUCUUGCUGGUGUUCUUGAUUCGCUUGCACCUCUCUUGACCAAGGAUUCUAUGAAGGGUAUCAUUGGUCUUUUGGGUAAUGCUGAGGAUCUCUUGACGAAGGACUUUGUUUCAGACACCAAGAAGCUCAUCUCCAACGCUAGUCCACUACUCACUAGCUUAGGCAAGCUUGAUCUCAAGAGUCUGAUUGAUGCGAUUGCACCACUCCUUACCAAGGACUCGGUCAAGGGAAUUAUUAGUCUUCUUGGCAAUGCCGAGAAUUUACUCACCAAGGAUUUCGUGUCCCAGACCAAGUCUUUGAUCUCGAAGGCUUCACCUCUGCUUGACAGCCUUGACGAUGCAGACUUGAAGGGCUUGCUUGACCAGGUUGGACCUCUUCUCAAGGAAGUCAGCAAGCUCAAGCUAGAGGACAUUCUAAGCGCAGUGCGACCUUUGUUGACAAAGAACUCCAUCAACGGCAUCAUUGGUCUUUUGAACAACGCCGAGAACCUCCUGACAAAGGACUUUGUUUCGCAGACAAAGCUUUUGAUCUCCAAGGCUGCUCCUCUACUGAACAGCUUGGACAAGGCUGAUCUCGCGGGCUUGCUCGACCAAGUCGGUCCUCUGCUGAAACAGGUCGGCAAGUUGAAGCUGGAUGAGGUUCUGAGUGCUGUACAGCCUUUACUGACUAAGGAUUCUAUCAAGGGCAUUGUCGGACUGCUGGACAAUGCCGAGGAUCUUCUUACCAAGGACUUUGUCUCACAAACAAAGGGCCUCAUCUCCAAGGCUGCACCGCUCCUUACAAGUCUUUCUAAAUUGAACUUGGAGGAUCUGCUUGACCAGGUUGGUCCGCUCUUGAAGAUGCUUGGUAAGCUUGAUCUUGAAGGUUUACUGAGUGCUGUGGCACCGCUACUCACGAAGGAUUCUGUCAAGGGUAUCGUGGGAUUGCUUGACAAUGCUGAGGGUUUGUUAACGAAGAAAUUCGUCAAUGAGACUCAGACACUCAUCACUGGCGCUGUACCCUUGAUAUCUUCAUUGAGCGAAGUUGAUCUUCCUGAUCUUAUUAAUCAAGUGUCACCUUUGCUGAAGGAGAUCGGGAAGAUUAAUCUUGCCAAGCUUGUUAAGCAACUGGCACCACUGCUGGACGAGAUCAGUGACUUGGACAUCAAGGGCUUGUUUGACGCCAUUUCACCUUUACUCUCACCAAAGGGUAUCAAGGGCGUCAUGGAGCUUCUCGGUAAUGCUGAGGAUCUCCUCACGCCCAAGUUUGUCAAUCAGACACAAACACUUAUUGGUGACGCAGUACCAUUAGUCUCAGCUCUUGGUGAAAUUGAUCUCAAGAAGCUCAUCAAGCAACUUCAACCUCUACUUGAAGCACUUGGCGAGAUUGACUUGGGCGAUCUGAUCAAGAAGGUGAAACCUCUUCUGAAUGCACUUAUGAAGAUUGAUCUCGUUAAGCUGGUCAACAAGAUCAUGCCAUUGCUGGAUACCCUUGAUGAUAUUGAUCUUGCGGGAUUAAUCGAUGCACUUAAACCUCUAUUGAUGCCCAAGUCAGUCAAGGGAAUUGUCGGGUUGGUCGAUAAUGCAGGAGAUCUCCUUAGCGAGAAAUUCGUCAACCAGACACACACACUCAUCUCAGGCGCUGUGCCGCUUAUUGAAGUGUUGAACAAGGUCGAUCUGGAGAGUUUGUUCGAGAUUAUUGAGCCAAUUCUGGAAGAGCUAGAUGGUCUUGAUUUGUCUGGUCUUGUAGACGCUGUGAAGCCUUUGCUUAAUGCGUUGAAGAAGAUUGAUAUCAAGGGUAUCAUGGACCAGAUCACGCCGUUCCUUACACCAAAGACAGUCAAGGGAUUAUUGUCACUGGUAGGAAACGCGGAGAGUUUAUUGAGCAAGGCUUUUGUGAGUCAAGUAUCUGAACUCAUUGGAGAUGCGACACCGCUCGUUGCGACUGUUGCGGACUUGGUGCAUGCUAUUUUGAAGGAACUCAUGGGUCGGACGUAA